CCCACCGUUGGUGGACGACGAAUCCCUCGAUGUCCUUUCAAUCUUAUUUCCAAGUUAAUUGUCUGGACUUUGCUCUUGAAUGUUAACUUGAUGUCGUGUGAUAAUUUUUUUGAAUAUUUGGGAAGCAUAGGAUGGAUAGAUCGCAUUUUGCGUUUUAAAUAAGCGCGUUUUUUUAAAAGAAAAUGGAUGAGUUAUUGCGAGGGGAGCGGGGGAGGAACACUCGCUUCGGUGGAACUUAACUGGUUUUUUCGGUUUGGGGGAAAAAAAAGCCAGAAAUCACGUGAUUCUAUGAAGUGGAGAUUUGCAAUCAGUGAACAACAUUCAACACCAUCGUGACUCUUCAGACACUGAAACAGUCAGUGUUAAAAUGCACCAAGAUUUGGAUGGUAUCUUACACUUGGCCUGACAAGUGGCAAGUAACAAAUGCCAGACAACAACAGCCUUCUGAAUUGUUUUGAGUUGAACCUGCCUUAACCACAGCCUGUGAGAGUGCAUUCCAGACGCUGACCGUUUGAUGUCUGAAAUUUGUUUUUCUUGUUACUUUUGUGGAGGACCUUGCAGAAAUAUUUACAUCAUCUACAACUACAGCUCUCCUUGUUUUGAAAUUUUACUGGACCACACAGAAAUUGGGACAGAACUGCUAGUGACUAGAAAAAUGAGGAAAGCUAAACUUGUCUUCAAAGGAGCUCUAAUGUUCACUGUCUUGAUUGUGGUGUUUUGUGUUUUCCUUGGAACACUCAACACAUUUCUGUCUCCGCAUUCUCUGGAUGAUGAUAUAUGGAGCUUAUACAUUGUGAAUCUUGAAAAAAUAGAGAAUGCCCAGAGAUAUGCAGCAAAGGUGUUGGGUCAAAAAUGUCGCAAGUCCUAUGUCCAGCAAGAGAUGAGUAUUUUAUUUCCUCACAAAUAUGAUGUCAGCAUACGCCCUUUCCUGGGAAGGAAUUCCAUUUUACGAGACUCUGUAUUCAAGUACAACACCCCAUUUGGUUUUAAGAUGCACCAGAAUAGUCUUGACCAGCUCAUAGAUCUCAUGCCCGCAGUGUCACUGCCAGAAGAACUAGAAAGCAAGGGCUGCAAGCGCUGUCUUGUCUUGGGAAGUGGUGGAAUACUGCGAGGCUUAGGUCUUGGACCUUAUUUGAACAGAUUUGAUGUUGUUAUCAGGCUGAACAAUGCACCAAUCCAAGGAUUUACUAACGAUGUUGGUAACAAAACCACUAUAAGAAUGAGCUAUCCGGAAGGAGCACCAAAAUCUCAGCGUGAAUAUGAUCAUUAUAUGCUGUUUGUUGCUGUAAUGUAUAAGGGAGUAGAUUUCAGCUGGUUGAAGGCCAUGAUUAAAAAAGAAAGAGUGUCAUUUUGGAAAAGAAUUUGGUUUUGGCAGAAGGUUACGGAGGAAUUACCGAUUGAACCAACACAAUUUCGAAUUCUGAAUCCUGAAAUUAUACGAGAAACAGCUCUAGAUCUACUGCAGUUACCUGAACCUCAAUCAAAGCUCUGGGGUUGGGACCAGAAUAUUCCGACUUUGGGAGUCAGCGCUGUUGUUCUAGCUACGCAUUUGUGUGAUGAAGUCAGUUUGGCAGGAUUUGGAUACAACCUUAGCCAACCACAAAUACCAUUGCAUUACUAUGAAAAUGUCCAGAUGCAUGCUAUGAAGGCCCAAACUAUGCACAAUGUGGAAACUGAGAGGAAUUUCCUAGAAGACUUGGUUAAAGCUGGUGUUGUCACAGAUCUUAGUGGAGGAAUUCACUGCAAAUUUUGCAAUAAGCAGGAAAGCACAAUCUUCUGAAGGUAUGCAAUUUUUAGAAAAAGAACAAGUGGCCUUCAAUGUAUAUAUCAUUUGAAAUUAAGGCCUUGUCAGCACACCAGUUCAUGAAUCUUGCGGUUUUAAAUGAUCCUACUGAAGUCUUUUAUAGGAAUUAUUUUUCUCAAUUGUGCAUCAAUUGUCCAUCAAAUGUACAGCAAGUGUAACUUUGAAAAGAAGGUAUGUGGCCACCUGAAUUAAUUUGGUUAUUGAACUAAACUGGAAUCAUGAAUGUUACUGCAGCUUUUGAUGAAAUGUUUGAAAUUUUCAGCAUGGAGCAUUUGUGAUGUGUUAAAUUGAAAUUUUCAUUUGCCUGCUGCACAUGAUUCUCUCUUCUGUGUCAAGUUUUUGAAAAUGUGUUACUUGAAUGUCCCUGGAUGUUAAACCCCGUUCAGUAUUGAGGUAAUGUUAAUUUGACUAUUCCAAUUUAAAUUUCACUUAUGAAGUUGGCAAUUUGCAAAACAGUACUUUGAAAAUUGUCUUAAUAAUCAUUCUGAAAAACGGCAUCUCUACUUUGGAAAGUACAAACCAAUUUUAAGUUUGUCACACUGCACACUUGUUAAAUAUUAAAUGAUUGAAACAGUAAUUCUCAAUCAUGUAGAAAAGAAAUCUUCAGAAUUCACUGGACUUGGCUGGUAGCCAUACCCUUCACAAAUUAGCUUAGAUGUGUAAUACUGUUUUUCUUUUUACCAGCUGCAUCUCUAAUGUUUGCUCAUUCAGGAUUUUCUGGGAGAAAUGUCAUGUAUUGUGCACUCGCAGUUGAUCAUUUCUGCCAUUUGCAAAAAUCACCAACUGUGACAUUCUCUGGGAAUGCAUCUCCUUUUGAACUGUGGGACUUUGCUUGUUUGAUAAUAGGACCAUGUCAAAGAAGGAUGCAAAUGCUCUUACAUGAAUGUGAUGAGGGUGAGAUUGCACUUCAGUGGUAGUGUUAAAGAACUGGUGGUAAACUAAUAGCCCAUUAAAAGUAAAAUUAAACAAGACAUUGAAACAGCAUCAGAUGUAUAAUAGUUUUACUGACAACCAUUUCACACCAUUGAAAUCAAUUUCAGUCUUUUAUUGCUGAGAAGCUUUGAGUUUACUGAAGAUAGUUUGGUGAUUGUUGAUUAGUGUGUAGAAUAUUAGAUGGCACAAAAUUCUGCAUCUGCAAAACUGUCAGUCAACUAUGUGGUUAGUUGCAGAUGUUUUCUAGCUUUUUGCUUCUAUACAUUACUGUAAAAUAAAAUUAUUUGUCUGUAUUCCUAUUUUUAUAUGUACAUUUGUAAUCACUUGAUCAGCUUAACUGAUGUCAAACUUGUGGAAUCUUACUGACCACUGCAUAUUCUUUUAGAAUUUUAUACUGGAAAUGUUAAUUACUUCAGAUGGAAAUAUCUGUGAUUUAUAUUUUAAAUAUUUUAGCUUAUAGGGAAAAAUCUUUUGGAUAACCUGAUUUAUUAACUGCUGCUGUGGUAAAUAUCCUUUCUCUGUGUUUUCUCUAGGAUUUUUGUAAAUGAUUCAACUGCAUUGAAAUUCUGGUCUGUUUGAGAGAACUUGCUUAAACACUAGUCUGGUGCAGCCUAAAAAAUUAUUGCUUUGCUUUCAUUUUUUCAGUCUUCCCCUGAAGUUAGUGAAAAAGAUGUCACUAAUUUAGAUGAAUGAAAGAUAAUGCAUUGAAAUAUGUUUGGAAUGACUGUUAUCAUUGAUAUUAACAGAUAUUUACUGUAGCAGCAAUGUUAUUACUGGAAUCAAUACACAUGGAAAGCUGGCUAAUGAUUAUGUACCAACAUAUUUUGUACAGUGACAAUUAACUGACUUUUUUGGUUAAAAUAUGGAUGGAAACAAAUAAGAUCCAUCCACUGGAAGAAGAGGUGUAUUUACAGAAGAGUCAUUAUAAAAUCUGGAAACGUUGCAUCUUUACAGUAGCACAGUUAUGACCAAAGGCUGAGAAUUUUGUUUCAGCAUUGCACUAUGCUUUCUGUUUAAAAUAAAACUUGUACAUUGUUGUUUUCAUUUUA